GACUCAAACUGCAGAAACUGGCUGAACGCAGACCACAAUAACAGAAGCGAUGGCCAUGGUGACCGCACUACCGUCCUCACCACCCUCACCGUCCCGUUUUGUUGUCGGAGUUAAAGCUUGGCCCAGGAUUCAUAACCGACCUCUUUGUCUCCGUCCAGUCUGCAGAUUUAGGGUGGCCAGUUGGAUUGAAGAGGUGCAAGAGGGAUGUCAGCAGGUAAGCUCCAGUUUGGAUGGCCUUCCAACCUUUAUGCGCACACUGCGACGUUCUCCUGCAGCAAGGCAGUUCCUCUCAGCGGUCAUCAUAGCUGCAUUUUUGGCCUGGAGCUGGGCACCUGUUGGCUCCUUGUUGUACUUGGCCAUGAAGCCCGAGGACUGGUGGCAAGGCGCUGAACUGAGUGCUGCGAGCUUUCAACACCUGGAAAAGUUGCAGGGUGAAAUGGGCGGAAGCCAAACAGCGUAUGUGCUAUCCUUUUUUCUGGGCAAGCUUCCAUGGCCGGGUCCUUCGAUUUCAGAGAUCCAAGCGCUGGCGCCAGCGCUAUUUGGAAACGUUUUUGCAGGCUCUAUGUUCGCAGCGCUUUUUGAUACUGCGGCAGCAAUCCCAUUCUUUUACACCGGGAGAAUUUUGUGUGAUGAUUUUAGACGUCGUCACUUUGCGAAAAAAAGAAUCUUCAGCAGACAAACUCUUGGCUCUCAAGACGAGAGCCCUUGGGCCUUCAUCUAUGCUGCACAACGACUUGCAGAGGAGGACCUGUCUGGAUGCAAAUGUCAACUUUACAGAGACCGAAAUCGACAAACCGAAGGCUUGCGUUUGGCUCUGCUCCUUCGUCUUCUUUCAGUUGGCUGGGUGGAUGCUUUACUUUGCCUAGCAAUGGGUUCCCUGGGCAUGAGCCCACAGCAAUUCGCUCUGGGUCAUUUGAUUGCAUCCUGGCGAUCGUCAAUAGAAUAUGCAUGUUUGGGCGCAACGCUCGCAGAUCACGGUGGUGCGCAGGCGGAGUUGCUUAUUCUCCUGCAACUGCUUCUGGCCAUUGCUUCUGGCGCAGUGGUGACUGCGUGUGCAGCAAAAAUCAGUGAUCAGCUGUUGAACCGCGCAGCUGCUAGAUAUGCAUCUUCCUGGCCAUCAGUAGAAGCAGUGGAAGUAGAGAGAUCCCUACCCCAGGUCGCACUGGAAGCCCUUGAAGAACCACCUCGUGAUCCAUGUUUGAUCCGGGGCUACGAAGUACCCUUCCCCUUGGCGUCGUUGGAUGACCUGCAAAGCCCAAGGUACCCAUGUCCGCAUCAUCCUGUGCUGAUGAUGUACUCUCCCAGCGGGGUGUUUUCUUCAUAUCCAGUUGACAGAGAGGUGAUACAGCAUGGAGAUGGACUGCGCUUUGCAGAUGGUUCAGAGGAAAGACCUGCACAUGUACAUCGCAUGGAAACGUUCCAGGAUGCCGUGGCACACAUGAAAGAAGAGCAUCCCUGUGAUAUCCAGUUCAGUCUUGGUCAAGCGCCCACCAAGUACUUUCGACAAGGCUUUCCAGAAAUCCAGCGCAACGACAUGCUGCAAAAGAUUGGAUUGAAGCCCACAGACUUUAGCGAUUUUUCCACAUACUGCUCAGACAGACAUUUGCUUACCAACUUCCACUUCGAUCAACAUCCUGGCUGUCUUCAAAUGUGCUCGGGCCGAAAACAGGUCUUGCUGGUACAUCCGCGAUUCUCAAACUACAUGAGAUCCUUUGUGGAAGAGAGGAGAUCCUGGAUCACGAGCGAGAUCCAGGCUGUGACGGUUCCUCAUUGGAACAUCAUACUUAAUCCUGGAGAUUGUUUAUUUAUUCCUGCUGGCUUUUGGCAUCAAGUGAAGUCUCUUGAUUCGCCAACUUUGGGAACAGUCUUGCGCUACAAAUGACCUUGGCAAAAAAACAAAUCUGCAGUCUGACAGAUGCAAAC